UCCAUCUAAAAAAGGAGCACUGGUUUGUGGUGCAAGAAAUUGACCAGCACUUUGACACAAAAUAUUCAAAGCAAGUAUUUUUUGUCUAAUAUUCAAAGCAAGUUGGCAUGAGUACCACAGUAGAAUAUUGGGGAGCUGACCAACCUGCCUUGAAUCCUGAAUCCAGGACCGAUUCCGGUGUGCUGCCGUCCGGGCCCACAGCACAGCGACCCACAACGCCCACUGGUUUAUGCCCACAGCCCCGGUUAGUUAACUCGACCAAACUCCCACCCACUGAAGCUCGGAGUUCUCUAUAAAUUCCGCCCAACCCGUUGAAGCUUCUCUCAGGUUCACUCCCGACUCAAGCGACACCAUAAUCUCCAUCCCCUCCACGCACCCCAUUCCAAGUUUCCAACUGCUCGCGCUCCUCGAUCUCUCAUGGCGACAGCAACCACAAGUCGGCCCAGCGGCCCGGUGCUGUCCAUACCCAGCUACCGCUCCGCCUCGCCCACCCGCGUCAAGCUCGCCAGCGGCAGCGGCGCCACCCGCUCCCCGGGUAGGUCCGUCAGCGUCUCGUCCCCGUCUUCCUCCACCGGCGUUGCCGCCGCCAGGAGCCGGCGGUCGUGCAUGUGCUCCUCGACGAACCACCCGGGAUCGUUCCGGUGCAGCCUCCACAAGGAGCGCAAGCAUGCGGCCCCCGCCGGUAGCAGCAAGCCGGCUUCCCCUCCGUCCAUCCGCAGCGCCUGCAGUCUGGGCUCGAAGCGCAUGGACAGCGGGCAGUGUGCACGCAGGGCCCUCGCGCCGUCCCCCGCGGCGCAGCAGUCGCAGCACCGGAGGCGCGCGGGAGGCUUCCGCCCCAGGCCGAGCCGGCUCUCCGCCGUCUCCACGGCCGGCGAGCGCCCCAGCGACAACUACCAGUAAACAAAUCAACGUCGACAUGCCAGAGCAAGAUAGUUGUAGUACAUAGUACUGAUCUUGUGGAGAUAGAAUCGGUGGGGAUUAGACCCAAUCCGAUUCCGGACUGGUCUUUUACCUAGCCCGUAGGUGCAGAAAGAAAGUGGGCUCGUCCUCUGCUCACUGCGGUGUAAAACGAACGCCCUUGGUUUUGGAUAUAUAUGAGUCACAAAUUGGAGACACACA